AUGCUGAGUUCCGAACACAUCAACACCAUCGAUUUGCAGGCACUUCCCAUGCGUGGCAUCAAAGGGCGUGUAGGGAGUUCAGAUGGGCGUGAGUGGAAUGGACGUGUGGAGGUUUCAGAUGGGCGCGAGCACGGGCAAAGGAUCACGAGAAUCACGUGUUCAGAACGGGGCCCUGGAGUGGUGGGGCAGCAGCCAGUGCUGCCACCAGGGGCAUCAUUCGAGUACACGUCUGUCUGCCCUUUAGACACUCGCAACGGAGCCAUGGAAGGCGAGUUUGAGAUGGUGGACGUUGCUACAUCAGCUGCUUUUGAAGUCAAGAUAGGCGAGUUCGCCCUUGACGUGGAUCAGGAUGGCUUCUGA